AUGGCAAGGGGCGUCUCGACAAAUGGCAAGCUCACCCAAACUAUGAACCCAGGGUAUAGAGCGAGAGCAGCUUUCAAGCUUAUACAGCUCAACAAGAAGUAUGGCUUCCUCGAGCAGAGCAAGGUCGUCAUCGAUCUUUGCGCCGCGCCUGGUUCAUGGUUACAGGUCUGUGCAGAAUUUAUGCCGCGGCAAAGUUUGAUUAUUGGUUGUGACCUCACGCCCAUUAAGCCAAUCCCCGGGGUGCUCAGCUUCACCAGCGACAUCAAAAGUCCGGAAUGUCGAGCCACUCUACGACAGCACUUGAAGACAUGGAAGGCCGAUACUGUAAUACACGAUGGUGCUCCCAACGUUGGAACAGCUUGGGUUCAGGACUCUUUCAACCAAGUUGAGCUUGCUUUACACAGUUUGAAAUUAGCGACGGAAUUUUUGAAGCCGAAUGGAGUGUUUGUAUCAAAGGUGUUCCGUUCCAAAGAAUAUAACAGCUUUCUUUGGGUGCUAAACCAGCUCUUUACAAAGGUUGAUGCAACUUCUCCUCCAGCUUCUCGUCAAGUUUCAGCCGAAAUUUUUGUCGUGUGUCGAGGGUACAAAUCUCCAAAGAAACUGGACCCGCGACUUCUCGACCCCAAAUACGUCUUUGCGGAACUCCAGGACCCAACCCCCAACAAUGAGGCUAAGGUCUACAAUCCUGAAGUCAAAAAGCGUAAGCGAGAUGGUUACGAAGAAGGCGACUUCACACAGUUCAAGGAGAUGGCGGCUUCAGAAUUCAUUCAAACAACAGAUCCAAUCGCUGUGCUAGGCUCCUACAACCGACUUUCCUUCAAGCAGCCACCCAAUGGAGAUGUUGCCCUGGCCGCUCUUGACAAACUUCCCGAGACUACAGACGAAAUUCGAAACUGUUGUUCAGAUCUACGAGUGCUGGGACGAAAAGACUUCAAAAUUCUGCUCAAGUGGCGGUUAAAAAUGAGGGACAUCUUCCAACUCAAAACCCCACAGGCCGCAAUAGUGGAGGAACCUGAGGAGGUGGCUGAGGUUGAGUCAAUGGAUGAAGAACUCAAGAUCCAGGAGGAACUACAAAACAUGAAGGACCGAGAAAACACCAAACGAAAACGAGAGAAGCGCAAGGAAAACGAGCGAAAACAACGCGAGGUAGUACGCAUGCAACUCAACAUGACUACACCAUUCGACAUCGGUCUAGAAGAAAGCGGACCAAUUGGCGAGGGGGCAAUGUUUUCACUCAAGAAAGUCGACAAGACAGACGCCAUGCGAAGAUUAAAUCGCGGCAAGAUGAUUGUGCCCACUCAAGCGACCCAGAAGGAGGCUGACAGUGGCCUUGGCUCAUCAGGAGAGACGGAUGAUGAGAGUGACCCUGAAGAAGAUCGCUUGGAGCGAGAGCUUGAGUCCAUGUACGACCAGUACAAAGAGCGCAAGGCUGAGGUUGACGCGAAGUACCGAGCGAAGAAGGCUCGUAAGAAUUUCGGUGAUGACGAGUGGGAUGGGCUGUCUGGUGAGGAAGCCGAUGAGAAAGAUGACUCUUCGGAGCUUGAGGAGGAUGAUUCCUCUUCCGACGAAGAAGACGAGGCUCCUACAGGGGGACUCAUCCGCGAUCUGGAUUCUUCAAAGGGAGCGAAUGGCUUAUCAAAGCGAGCAACGGCCUUUUUCAACCAAGACAUCUUCUCGGGCAUAAGCGGAAUCUUACCUGAACAGGAAGAUGCUGCUGUAGACAGCGCGGACGAAGAAGUCAACCGAGAUGCCGCAGCCAUUGUGGCCCAACAAGCGAAGAAUCGCAAAGCUGAGGCUCCUACUAAGCCUACCAAGACCAAAACGGCCCCUGCCGACUCUGAUUCUGAGAUGGGAGACAAUGAGAAUGGGUUCGAGGUAGUGAAGCGAAAUCAAGACGAUGAUUGGGACAAGGACACCCGAAGAGCCGAUGGGAGACCAGAUAUCGAUAUCAUCACAGCUGAGGCGAUGAGUUUAGCGCAUCAGCUAGCUACUGGCCAAAAGAGCACGUACGAUGCUAUUGAUGACGGCUACAAUAAAUACGCCUUCCGUGAUCGAGAUGGCUUACCAGACUGGUUUGUCGAGGAUGAAUCACGGCAUGACAAGCUUCAGAAACCCAUCAGCAAGGCUGCUGCGCAGGCUAUCAAGGAGAAGCUGCGAGCUUUCAAUGCUCGCCCCAUCAAGAAGGUGCGCGAGGCUAAGGCUCGCAAGAAGUUCAAGGCCGCGCAGAAGCUGGAGAAGCUCAAGAAGAAGUCAGAAUUACUCAACAAUGACGAAAACAUGACCGAGAAGGAGAAGGCUGACAGCAUCUCACGCCUCAUCUCGAAAGCAGCAAAGAAGCCCAAAAAGCAGGCGCCCAAGGUCGUCGUCGCCCGCGGUCUCAACCGGGGCAUCAAGGGCCGUCCUGCCGGGACCAAGGGGAGGUAUCGCAUCGUAGAUCCCAGACAAAAGAAGGAAUUGCGAGCGCAGAAGAGGAUUGCCAAGAAGAAGAAGUAA